UUUCUCAUUCGAUCAACACCACUCUCGGAUGGCAUUGAGAACGAAACGGUAGUGUUUGCUGUUUCGACGGGAAGCCUUAAAAGUUUUGAUCGCAAUUUGGAAAAGUAAGGGAAAGUGUUGUGUUGUAUUACGAAAAGCCUUGUGGGGGAAAUUUGUGAACAGUUUCGGAUUGAAACAUAGGUUUCUGCAUCCCGCGGUUCGGUGACAUUGUCUACGAAAACAAGGCAGCGCGAAGAGAGUGUGCUCCUCGGUCCUGAGCUGCGAAGAAAGGCAACGUUUUAGUAAGUGAGUGAAUGUGAAGCGACCGGUUGAUUCAAAUGGACAGAUCGACCGUGAUUUUGCCGAGGCUGUGAUGUGGAAAUGUGAUUGAGCGAAUUGUGAAUAUAAGAUCUGUGAAAUCAGUAGAUAGAAGUGUGCUGGGGCUGUAGUUCCGACCCGCGGGUUCAAUAGUAUAAAGAAGUAAAGGCGAACGCUCAGCCAUGGAUGUAGUGUACACUUCGGAUAGCUGCGAUAGCGAUUCCCGCGAGCAGAAGACGGCCGACUUCGGGCAUGCCAACAAACGCCACCUGGACGAGGAUUUGCUGCGAAUGUGUAAAACCAAAAAAGUGGCCGAAGAUAUCGAAACAUUGCUGCUCAAUCAUAACAACCUGUUGAUCGUGCCGGCAUCUAUCGGCGAGUUUGCCAAUCUACGCGUGCUGGACCUCAGCAACAAUAGCCUCCGGCAGAUACCGGACGAGAUAACGCAGCAAUGUCAGCUGACGACGCUGAUUGCCAAGAACAAUCUGCUUGACGACAAAUCGUUGCCCAAAACUCUGCGAUCGGCCCACGGUGGUGGUUUGAAGGAGCUCAACCUGAGCGGGAACCGUUUCACGCACUUCCCCGAGCAGGUGACCGAGCUCCGAUCGCUCAAGUAUCUCUAUCUGGGGGGCAAUCAGCUCACCAACGUUUCCAAGGACAUCUGGAAGCUGCACAACCUGCAACUCCUCUCGCUCGGCGGAAACUUCAUAACGGAGAUCCCGGACACCGUCGGGCUGCUCAAUAAUCUCCACGCUCUUGUACUCUGUGAUAACCUGAUCGAGGCGCUGCCGAGCUCGAUCGCCCGUCUGGUGCAUCUCAAGUCGCUGCUCCUGCACAAGAACCGUCUCAAGCAUCUGCCGCGCGAAAUCAUCACGCUGAAAAACCUCACCGAGCUCAGUUUGCGAGACAACCCGCUGGUCGUGCGUUUCGUCAAGGAUAUGACCCUUAAUCCACCCACCCUACUGGAACUGGCGGCCCGUUCGGUGAAAGUGGCCGCGCUGCCGUUCGGUCCCGAGGAUCUACCGCGGACGCUUAUCGAUUACCUGCAAACCGCCAACUGCUGUGUUAAUCCUAACUGUAAAGGAGUAUUCUUUGAUAAUCGAGUGGAGCAUAUCAAAUUUGUCGACUUUUGUGGAAAAUAUCGCAUCCCCCUGUUGCAGUAUUUGUGCUCUUCGAAGUGUAUCAGCGAUACCAAAACGGCGGAGGUUUACGGUGAGCCCAGCAGCAGCAUGAUGCGCAAAGUAUUGCUCGGGUGACUUUUGGAUCCGGAUCGGGCUUGGUUGGGAACCGAAGCCAGCGUAACGUUAUCUUCGGUUAACAUUUAUUGUGGGUGUCGUUUGUUAUUCGUUGUAGUCGAACAUAUGUCGAAGGUGAAUUACAAUAUUGUAGAACAAUAUUUCAACCAACUAACCUAUUUACAAAGUCUCAAUCAUAUCGAGAACUCUUUGAUAGUCAAAUACGUGCACGUAUAUAUUUCACGAACAACUCCUAUAUGUUAAUGUUUUACAAUGUGAUUUGCUCAUAGAGCGUUCGAAUUUUUGUGCGAUUUUCAAAAACUACUAGCUGAAGAAGCGAAAAUCAAUUGUUGAAUCAAUGAACAGAUCAGGUCAUUUACAAA